UGUGAGCUUUCAAAAGGAAGCUUAACACGACUACCGCGAUCAUGACUGUCACUUGGGGUCUCUUUCUGAGCCUUCUGUUUUGCAUUGCUUUUACGACGUUUGCAGAAACACACCAUCACGAGUUUAAAGUUCAAGAAAUAGCAGCAAGGAGGCUAUGUAGAAACCAUAGAAUUGUUGCAGUUAAUGGCCAGUUCCCAGGUCCGACUCUAGAAGUACGAAAUGGGGAUAGUGUUGUUGUCAAAGUUACUAAUGCUGCUCCUUACAAUGUCACAAUCCAUUGGCAUGGAUUGCGCCAAAUGCGAAACCCAUGGGCUGAUGGGCCUGAAUAUGUGACACAGUGUCCAAUCCAACCCGGAGGAAGUUACACAUACAGGUUCACCAUAACCGACCAGGAAGGAACAUUGUGGUGGCACGCUCAUAGCCGAUGGCUACGAGCUACAGUCUAUGGUGCACUUGUUAUUCGUCCUAAGUUGGGUUCUUCAUACCCCUUUCCAAAGCCCAAAAUUGAGUUUCCUGUUAUUCUAGGUGAAUGGUGGGACAGAAAAGUGAUCAGUGUUCAACGACAAGCAUUGUUUAGUGGUGCAGCUCCAAAUAUAUCAGAUGCUAUAACCAUUAACGGGCAACCUGGUGAUCUUUUGCGAUGCUCCAGCCAAGGUACUACUAAACUCACAGUGAACAAAGGUGAUACAGUUCUUCUAAGGGUCAUCAAUGCUGCACUCAAUCAACAGCUCUUUUUCAGCGUCGCUAACCACAAGUUAACUGUGGUUGCCACUGAUGCUAUCUACACCAAGCAGUUUACGACCAAUGUCAUCAUGCUCGGGCCUGGUCAGACCACAGAUGUCCUCCUGACAGCUGAUCAGCAGUCCGGGCGCUACUACAUGGCUGCGCGAGCUUAUGAAAGUGCUAAAAACGCUCCAUUCGACAACACCACUGCUACAGCUGUCUUGGAGUACAAAUCUGCAACUUCACAGCCAAUUUUACCACAACUUCCAGCCUAUAAUGACACCAACACAGUCACUGCAUUCUCAAAUCAAAUAAAGAGUCCUGGCAAAGUCAUAGUCCCUACGAAAAUUGAUGAUAACCUGUUUAUCACAGUGGGGUUGGGGUUCUUUAACUGCACUCCUGGACCUAGAUGUCAAGGGCCUAAUAACACACGAUUUGGCGCUAGCAUGAACAACAUAUCGUUUGUACUUCCAAGAAGGGCGUCUUUACUCCAAGCUUACACACAAAAGAUUCCUAACAUCUACACAACAGACUUUCCACCUGUUCCACCCGUGAAGUUCGAUUACACUGGCAAUGUCCCUCGCGGGUUGUGGCAGCCUGUUAAGGGGACAAAACUUUAUAAGUUAAAGUUUGGUUCUAGUGUGCAGAUUGUGCUGCAAGACACAUCCAUCUUCUCAACAGAGGACCAUCCUGUUCAUCUCCAUGGAUAUCAUUUCUACGUCGUUGGUCAGGGUUUUGGUAAUUUUAAUCCUUCAAGAGAUACUGCUAACUUCAAUCUUGUUGAUCCACCUCAAAGGAAUACAAUUGAUGUCCCGGUUGGAGGAUGGGCAGCCAUCAGAUUCAUAGCAGAUAAUCCAGGAGUUUGGUUUAUGCAUUGUCACAUUGAUGCUCAUCUGGCUUGGGGUUUCGGAAUGGCAUUCAUCGUUGAAAAUGGAGUCGGUGAAGCUGAAACUUUACUACCUCCUCCUUCUGAUCUUCCUCAAUGUUAAGAGAUCUUAUAGACAACAGUAUUCAGCAUAUGAUAUAUAUUUGUUUGUGUGAUUGGAUCAACUAUUUAUGUUCUUUUUCUUUCCACUUAGGUUACUGAAGCAAAAUAUGUUGCAUUAUUGAAAGAUAUGGGGUUGAUCAUCGACCCCGCAGUGUAUUCUAGUGUGUAAUAUAUUUCCAAGAGAAGCAUAUGUAAGGAUUGAAUUCGUUAUU